AUGGGGAUAAGAUUCAUAUUAAUGGUGAACAAGCAAGGCCAGACUCGUCUGGCUCAGUACUACGAAUGGCUCACUCUCGAGGAACGUCGAGCUCUCGAAGGCGAGAUCGUCCGUAAAUGCCUCGCCCGCAACGACCAGCAGUGUUCAUUUGUUGAGCAUCGCAACUACAAGAUAGUCUACAGGCGUUACGCGUCUCUGUUUUUCAUGGUUGGAGUUGAUGACGAUGAAAACGAGCUGGCGAUUCUAGAGUUCAUACAUCUUCUGGUCGAGACAAUGGACAAGCAUUUUGGAAAUGUGUGUGAGCUUGACAUAAUGUUUCAUCUGGAGAAAGCUCACUUCAUGCUGGAGGAAAUGGUGAUGAAUGGUUGCAUUGUGGAGACGAGCAAAGCCAACAUACUUUCACCUAUACAACUUAUGGACAAGGCCCAUUAA